UGAGCCAGAGAAAGAGGACGACAUUACUGAUGCCGCCUCUACCACUAACAACACGGGCGGAAAUUCUGCAAUACUCUCCAAAUAAUCAUAUUUUCACUACAUGUUCAAGUAGUAAAUAGCGACCAUUUUUGAAGGACGCGCAAGGCUUGCUGGAUAUAAUUGUUUUUCCUCCAGGAUCCCCCGCAUUUCAGAGAAAAGGAGAGGGGGCAUACCGAUUCUGCCUGUCCUACAUUUUUCUAUUUAUUUAUUUAAUUAAUUUAUGUACAGUAGCGGCGACUAUUUCUCUACUUCAUGUUUUAAUUUGAUCUGGAAAGAUCGUUUUUAUAUAUCAUCAAAUGUAACAAACGGAUAUUUUUUCUGAAAUUAUGGAAUGAGGAGUGGGACCAAGGCGCAGAGGGAGACGCAUCCGCCAGAAGUGAGUGCGAAGCGGACAUUGUUAUCGUUGAGGAAAGGGAAAUUGCUUUAUGCUUUGGAAUGAUUCUGUGCUUUUCUUAGACCAACAUAUUUCUUGUUUUAUUGGACUGUGUGGAUGCAUAGGCUACUCGACCUCGUAGUGCAUCUCUACCACAGAGGGGCAUCCCGUUCUUAAGCACAUUUUUUCACCCGUUGUUAAUACACCAUCACUCGGGAAGGAAGGAACACAUGCCUCGGAUUUGCUUCGUGUCACCCUUUGUGAUAACAAGACAUUGAUGUCAUAUCAUCAUCAUCAUCAUCAUCAUCAUCACUGUGCUCAAGGUUUUCCAAGACAGACAAACAACACGGAGGAAAGUAUCAACUGUCGCUUGAUAAACCAACAUAACUGUGCCGCCCCUACCCGCGCCGGAGACAGAAGAUAGUAGGCUAGAGUUUUUGUAGCCUACUUUGCCACAGGCCUUGGAAAACAAUGCCCAGCGAGAAUAUUGAAAAUAUACUCUUUGAAACAGUGUGGGGCAGUGACUUGUCAUAGGAGUUGUUUUGCCUAGUAUCAAUUCAUCGCAUGCAUGUCAGAUAGCAGCGCUGAGUGAGUUUUCACACCAGGUAAAUCCAAUACCGAAGAAUAAUCAUAUAAAACCUAAUGUGUUUUAAAUUAUCACGUUCCGUGCUGGAUUAACGUAUGCUUGAACCCAUUUACAAAAAGGAAAGAUUUAGUUGUAGUCCUAAGUAGACAACAACUGUGACACACGGAAAACCCAGGCCUAUCUUCUGCCGCACAGCUGGUAACGUGCAUUGCCACAGUGAAGGCAACUGCUGAACAGUUGUUGGCAGUCCAAAAGGACUCAUCAGACCUCCUGAUUAAUAGCCUAAAUAACCUACCGUAACAAAAUGGGAAGUGACAGUGAGAUUUACAACCGGGAGCUGUCCAAGAUGUCAGACGAGGACUUGCUUGCCUGCACAAAGGAGGAGCUGGUGGGAAGACUUCGUAAAGAGGAGUCCGACAAGAUAUCGGCCCUAAUUCAGCGAGGCCGUCUAAUCAAAGAAGUCAACAAACAAUUACAAGGACACCUGCUUGAAAUCAGGGAGCUAAAAGUCAUAAAUCAACGACUUCAGGAGGAAAACCAAGAACUGCGCGACUUGUGUUGUUUUCUGGACGAUGACCGACUGAAAGUUAAAAAGUUGUCUCGGGAAUGGCAGCUCUUUGGCCACCACGCUGCGAAAGUGAUGCGCGAAGACCUGGGCGGUUACCUGAAGAAGUUGGCUGACUUGGAGAGGCUACAGGACGGGUUGGUGAAGGAGAAUUUGGACUUGAAGGAGCUUUGCUUGGUGCUAGAAGAGGAAUGUGUCAGCAGAAGCGACUCCAGCCCCGGCGGUUCGACGGAGCUCAGCUUGCCCUGUAUGGUGGUUCGCGACUUAGGUGAUGGCAGUUCUAGCACUGGGAGUGUCGGUAGUCCGGAUCAACUCCACUUGGUUUGCUCACCUGAUGAUUGAAGCCGGGCGCACUGCCAUCCCAUACUCCGGUUCAGAAACCGAAGCAGAGGCUGAGAAAGAUGGAGUAAUAGCCUACCAACAUUCUCAGAGGGGAAAUAGUUUACAAUGAUAACUUUAGAACACGACUUGGAAUGAAUGUCCCCUAUGGAAAGUGGGACACGUGUUUAGUUAGCACGUUUGGACUUAUGCAAAAGAAUAAAAGCCGAAAUGUUUGCAAUUAAUAGCCAUUACGUCUCCUCAGAUAUAAGCCUAUAGUACAAAGUGAAUGGAUUAUGUCAUGACUGGGGAAACAGUUACGAGUAGUGGGGUUUUAGGGUUUGGGGCCUCCAUUUUACGACAAUUAUAAUGUGAAUAAUUAGUUAAGGCUGUUUUAUUUAAAGAUGUAUUUUAUAUUCGUCUU